CACGCAAGGGUUCCCUUCGGGGCAAAAUAUAGUCCGGAGGGGCGGAGUGGGUCAUGAUCCUGUGACGUCAGCGGCUGGGCGCGUACUUGAGCGCAGACGUGGCCUCGGAGCUCGGAUCGUUUAGAGACGAGAUGUUGCCCAACGUGAAUCAGGCGGCCACUGGCCUGUACGAUCUUCUCAUCAAAGCAAUUGAAGAAAAAAAGAAAGAGCCAUUUUUCUAUGAGACUGAUGUCCAAGUGAAAUUGAUUACUGAAAAUCGGCCAAAUCUUAUGGAAAGUUUUGGGAAUAAAUAUGGGAUGAGAUUAAUUAUGGAGAAAGUGCGUUCAAAAGAAAAGGAAAUGGAACGUACAGAAGAAUCACAGUCUGAAGAAUCAAUGAUUUCCGACUUCCCCAUGAAUAAAAAUUUUGGACCACUUGCUUUACCUGUUAAGAGAGCCAGGCAGCUGAUUGGACUUUACACCAUGACACAAAAUCCAAAUAUGACCCAUUUGAACAUUAAAAGGCCAGUUAAGCCUCUUCCUCCUUUAUGGGUAAAAUGUGAUAGCUCAGAUCCUGAAAGUACUUGUUGGCUUGGUGCUGAACCUAUUAGAACAAAGAAAGGCAUCGCAGGAAUUGUUUUACAAGUGGUCACAUGUAAAGGUCCCACACCUGAAAAAAACUCUUCUGCAAAUCUUGAAGAUUUGAAAAGUGCACACCUGAAAAGACAUAAGUCAUCUAGUGUAACAACUAAGGGUUUUGCUCAGUAUGAGCUGUUUAAAUCCACUCCCUUAGAUGAUACAAUUCCCUUUUCACACACUACUAUUGGUUUGGAUAUUUCAUGGAGUCCUGUGGAUAUGCUUCUCCAAACACCACCUCUCACUUCUGCUUCAGUAUUGAAUAUUAAAGUGGAACCUGGAGAUCCUAGAAGCCCUUUGUACCAUCUGCAUAGAGAACUGAAGUUUCUAAUUGCUUUGGCUGAUGGAUUGGAGACUGGUGUUACUGAAUGGCCUGAGCCUUUGGAGGCUAAAUCAUCUGUUGACCUUGUUCAGGAAUUUCUCAAUGAUUUAAAGAGUAAGCUGAAUGGAUUUGAUAAUUCAACAAAAAAAAUCAAGGUAUUGAAAUGUGAUGUUGCUGCAGUUGACGAUUCCAUUAAGUGUCUUUUCACAGUACGAGGUGAUCUGGAUUUUGCUGAGCAGCUGUGGUGCAGAAUGAGAAUGAGUGUCACCUCAUAUCAAGAUUUGGUGAAAUGCUUUACAUUGAUCUUACAGUGUUUAAGACGUGGGGAUGUACAGCCAUGGCUCCACAGAGGGAGCAGCAGUUUACUAAGUAAACACAUUCAGCAGUCUUACCAUGGAGCCAUGGAUAUAGUUCCACUCACUGGUACCACUCCGAUUCGAAUGCUUUUGGAAGUUGGUUUGGACAAAAUAAAGAGAGAUUACAUUAAUUUUUUUAUAGGCCAGGAGCUUGCAUCAUUAAACCACUUGGAUUACUUUAUUUCCCCAUCCAUUGAUUCAUUAGAACAAGUUCGUCGUAUUACAAAACUCCACCAUGUUCUAGAAGUAGUAACCAGUUGCAUGGUAUACCUUAAACUUCCACAUGAAAUCCUGUUUACUUUAGCACAGUCCUGCAUAACAUAUUAUAAGAAAAACCCUCUUAAUGAGAAACAUACAUUUCAGCUGCCAAUCAGACCAAUUGUCGUAAAAAAUUUCUAUCAGAGUGAGACUCCCAAAAAAUGGAGAGUGGAAAUAAAUAGUGGACAGAAGGAAGUUAAAACAGUUUGGCAACUGAGUGACACUCCAUCGAUAAGCCAUCUGAAUUUUAGCAGACACGAACUGUCUGAGUCAGCAUUCAACAAUAGUCUGGAAGAAAAAAUGUAUUACACUAACAUGGUUGCCUGCAGCAGAGUGCAUUUCACAUAGAGUUUGUUGAUAUCAUCUUGUAAGAGUAACCAAAAAGGAAACUCUACAGGCCUUUGAAACCAAAUGAAGACGAAGACUCUAAAUUUUCUAUGGAAUGAAGCUAUUUCGUUAGUAACCUUUUAUUAGCUUUGCCUCCGAAGAAGGAACAUCAGUAGAACUGCACUUAAAAGUAUGCAGACUGUGCAGACUGUAGGUACCACAAUCUCUGUGACCAUUUGCAUGUGAUGUAACAGGGGCUCUGAAAUGUAGGAAAACAGGAAAUAAGUUAGUGUAUCAUUGUUUCAGCUACUGAAAGGUUAAUAGUAUAGAAAAACCUUAAAAAGAUCAGUUCACAUUUUCCACUAUUAAGAUUUACUAUAAACUGGUACCUAGAUAAUAAAUGUUGGAAAUUAAGUAUAUUAGCAUUCUUAAAAAAUGAUUUGUAGAAAAUAGAAAGCAAACUACUUUUAAGUUUAGAAGUGUCCUAAAACAUAUCUUUGCUUCUUAAAAGCAUGCAAGGUCUCAUAUUUUUUGUCUAUGAAUCAACCUCUGAAUAUUAGUAAUGAUAUUCUUCUGUUCCUCUUACUUUCAUUGGAUAGAAAGAGACAUAAAAGUUGGGAAGAAAUAAGGAAAAUUGCCAGAAGAAAAUUCCUUGAAAGCACUUAGAACCUUUUGAAGGUGGCAUUGUUAAUAACAGAAGUAUAGUUAAGCAGAUUAUGUGAGGUAUGUUAAGUAUUAGAUGUUAAGUAUACUAUCUUCAGUAAUCGAACAAUAAAUGCCUUUAGAGUAUAUUUUCAGUUUAAUAGGGAGUUUAGUAUUAGUUUAUAUUUAUAUUAUUGGAAUAUUUAACACUACCUUUUGAUAUUAAAAGUAUAUUAUCGUGGGGCAGCUAGGUGGCAUAGUGGAUAGAGCACCGGCCCUGGAUUUAGGAGGACCUGAGUUCAAAUUUGACCUCAGAUGCUUGACACUUACUAGCUGUGUGACCCUGGGCAAGUCACUUAACCCUCAUUGCCCCACUAAAAAACCAAACCAAAACAAAAGUAUAUUAUCUCGUUUUGUGUUUUUUAUCUUAUCAGCUCCUGUUUUUCAAAUAGGUGCCUUAAUAUGAUUCAGUAUUUUCCAUAUCUGAUAGAAAUUUUUAGCAGGUUUUUAAAAUGACAGGCUAGCAUUAUAGUUUGUGCUUAUGCUGAGUUAAAAGUAUUCAAACCAAGUAGUAACACAUAUUAUUUCUUUGAGUAAUCUAUGGUUUCUUAUACUUUUCUUCUUUUACAUGGAUUCUGGGUGAGUUUUUAUCUAAACCUCCUAACUGGGAAGUUUAGAUAGAGAUCUAGCUAUAAUCCUUUUAGUUACCAUUGCAUUAGAUGCUGAUGUGCAAUAUAUGAAGUGCCCCUUUAUAGUUUUCAGCUUGUGCCAUUUUUUUAUACCACCCACUCCCUGGGGGGAAAAAAAACACCCAACUAAUAAAAACUAGAAGUUUGUUAGUUUGCAUUGGCUAUCCGAGGCAUCGGUUUGAUUUAUUAGGAGCAAUGUAGUGUAGGAGAAACAUUGUCUUUUGGACUUAUACAAUUAUGUUAUUAAAGAAUUCUCUUUUUCAUUUAAGAUGUUUGUAAUUAGCAAUUUAGCAUUUGCUUAUUGGUAAAGUAAGAAUUUUUUAUUUUAAAUAGAUGUUAGGAACUGACUUCAGAAACAUGAUUAUUUCAUUCUGGGUAGGAUUGUGUCAGUUGGUAGACCAAAGAUAAGGAUAAAAUACUUACCUGCAGCAAGGAUCUGGCUGGUGGUAGAACAGGUCUCUGUGGCUAUGCCAUGCCAUCUUUCCACCUGAUAAGAUCAGCUUGAUAAGUAAUGGUUUCUUAUUAGUCAAAGUUUUAACCUGUUUAAAUCAGUCAGCAAAAACUUACUGAGUGUUCCCUGUGCAGGGCACUGGGUGGACUAUUUUUAAAGUUCUGUUCCUUGCCUUCAGGUUAUACAAAAGCAAAAAUGAGACAGCCCCUGCCCUUAUGGAAUUUGAAUUCUACUGGGGAGGUGUAGUAUGUUCACAGAGAAGUAAGUACAGGAUACAUAAAAAAAUAUUGGGGUGGUGCUGACAACUGUCAGGAGAGCCCUCCUGAAGGACCACAAAGGAAACCAGGUGUUCUAAAAUGUGCAAGUGAGGAAGCACAUCAUUCCAGACAUGGGGAACAGCUUAUGCCAGAGGCACAGAGGUACAUGAUGGAAUGUCACAGGUGAGGAAUGGCAUGUAGUUCAGUUUGGCUAAUCAUACAGCCUGGGAGGGGGCAGCAAGUAAUGAGUAACCAAUAUGUAAAAACAGUCUGGAGCCUAAUUUCAGUGUUAAACAUGGGAGGUUGUAUUUUAUCCUAUUUUGUAUAACAUUUUGCUAGGUACGAAUACAAAGCUGAAACUAAGCAUCGCCCCUGCCCUUAAGUUGCUUAUAAUCUAAAAACAAGAAAAUUGACUGGCCUCUUUGUAUUUUUUUAUUCCUGUGUUUUUCAUUAUCAUAGAGCAGAGUGACAUUUUUAAUUUUCCCUUUUCCUUGCUGUUUUCUCAUCUCCAAUAAAAACUUUAAAAACAUUAAAAAUAGAAUUCAGCAUAACUUUCCCACCAGAAGUUUUGGAACCAUCUGGUAUUAUAGACUGGACAAUCUUGAUUCAGAAACAGCAAGGUAGCUUAUUUUUAGAAAUGUCUUAGAGAAUAGUCAUAUCUUUUAUGUUAGCUUAGCACAUAAUCAUUCAUAUAAUGCUAAAUUGUCUGUUAUUAGUAUAUCAAUAAACAUUGUAUUCAUGAAUAGCCA